AUGCGUAUAAUGAAGAUGGGACGAGAUGCUACCACUUACAGUUUGCUAGAUGUGGAAAAAUCGCAUUUGGAGGAAACUAUUUCUAAAAUAGAGAAGCUCGACCUCGAAUGGAACAAACAUAUGUCUAAACUGCAUGGCUUAAAGAAAUUAGCUGAAGAAGAUUUAUAUAGGGAUUUUCCAUCUAACGAACCUUCUUACGAGUUCAUGCCAGACUUCCUACUCUCUCAACAGGACUUUGUUACUCAAUGCAAAUUUGCCCGACAAAUGGCCGUAUCAAUUGGAAUAAUGCUGGAGAAUCUUGGCCCGCCUACUAAAGAUAGUUCUGACCCAUCUGAAAUGAACAAAUCGUCAGAUAACUGUACAGACGAUCUUGGAGGCCAAAAUGGGAAAACGCUUGAGCCGCCUACGGCAAGGCUCCCGGAUAAUCCGUCACCUACGCCACAGCCGCCUAUGGUUAAUAAAAAUCGAGUGGUGGAACAGAACCGUUGCCUGGAGUGCUCAUUAUGUAGAGGGAAUCACCUCCCGAGCCACUGUACUCAAUAUAGCAACCCAAAAGCUAGGAAAUACAAAUUACUCGAACAGCAUCGUUGCCUUAACUGCCUGAGGGAUGACCAUCUAACCUUUGAAUGCCAAAAUAAUCGCCGUUGCAGUAGGUGUCGCGGAAAGCACCACUUCAUGGUUUGCUAUUCACGUGGGCCAAAAACUCAAAUUCUGGAACCUAUGCGAAAAAGCGAUGCUCAUUGUUCGAAGCCGGUUGGGAUGUUUGAAGUUAAAAAGAUGUUGGAUGAAAAGACGAAAGCUCUCCAAGAAAAAGAUAAAACGAUAGUGAAAUUGAUGUCCGAACUUAUGUUGGCACGCAAAAAGGCCGAGGAUGAAUCCAAAAAAGCUAAACGAUUAAAACGUCUGCUGGAUGAAUCUAAUCAGAGGAUUGUGGAUGAUCAUGGAAAAAGAAUUCUGAAAGAGACUCGUGUUAAUGCCCUUCAGAAGGCUAACCGAAAAUUGAUUGCCAGAAAUGGUAAGCUAAAACGGGAAGUGCACGCCUACCACAAAAAAUGCCAACGAGAAAAACUGGAACCACCAGAUUUCUAUGCCUUUUGCCGCUCAUGGAUAGAUAUGAAAAUGUCUGUGCUGGUCUUAGCCGCCUUUGUUAUGAUUCUGGAUGGCACUAAAAAUGUUCUGAUGAUAAUUAUCCACGCAACAAAUAAGCUUUGGAAAUGUAAAACGAAUGAAAAGAUGGAAGAGGAAUUGACUCUGGAAACUCCCUCUUGGCUCUCCUUAACGCUUUUCGCCGCCGCUGUUGCGAUCAACUCCUUUUGGACCUUUCUCGCCAUCUUUACUAAUGUUAUGGAUGGUUGGGCACAUGCAUGGAAAGAGAGCAGAAAAUGUGCAAUGGAUGAUGUGCCAAAGAUCAAGAAAAGAAAGAAAAUACUUGAAAGAUGGAAAAAAGAAAUUGAGGAUGAAACUUUCAGGCGCGGGCGGGAAUGUCGCGAAGCGACUAAGGAUGAGGAAAAUAAAAUAAAUAUAUUUUUAUAA